AUGGCUUCUGCACCCUCAAACAAGCCAACACCGACGCAGCAUGCCAUGCUCAGAUUUGACCCACAAGCACUCCUGGCCGACAAGCGGCUGCGAACAACCUGCGUGUCCACGCCCGCCGGCACGUUCAAAAUCCCAAGAAUACUUCUCUCCGCCUCAUUACAGUUUCCCCCAGCAAAGCGGGCCGAACCAGAGUUUCUCUGCAGACAGACACCACCUGCAUCUCUAGGCUGCAAUGUAACCACCAAAUAG